GGCCUCUUCUGAUUGGCUGCUCCUUGUUUCCGGGGCUCCGGUGUGAACUCACUGACGUUUUUUCGGUCUGCCGAGAGACAGACUGGGGGAGAAUGGCUGCCAGUGGAGAGGUAGGGAAGCUGUUACAAGUACAGAAUGGGACACCUCCAGUGACCAACUACAAYGGGGUCGAUGCUGUGCAUGCCUGUAACAUUCUUCAACAGCUCAAAGCUUUGUAUGAUGAAGCACAGCUAACAGACAUUGUCGUAGAAGUGGACCAUGGCAAGACCUUCUCAUGUCACCGAAAUGUCCUCGCAGCAAUCAGCCCAUACUUUAGGUCCAUGUUCACCAGCGGCCUUACAGAGAGCAGUCAGCGUGAGGUCAGAAUUGUUGGGGUGGAAUCGGAAUCCAUGCAUCUGGUUCUAGACUAUGCUUACACGUCCAAAGUCACGCUCUGCGAGUCCAAUGUCCAGGCCCUGUUCACGGCAGCCAGCAUUUUCCAGAUUCCUGCUCUGCAGGAUCAGUGUGCCCAGUUCAUGAUCAGCCGGCUCGACCCACAGAACUGCAUAGGCGUCUUCAUGUUCGCAGAUGCUUAUGGGCAUCAGGAGCUAAGGGAACGCUCACAGGAUUACAUUCGCAAAAAGUUCUUGUGUGUAUCAAGUGAGCAAGAGUUCCUCCAGAUGACCAAGGAGCAGUUGGUCAGCAUUUUGAACAGCGAUGACCUAAAUGUGGAGAAGGAAGAGCACGUCUAUGAGAGUAUAGUCCGCUGGCUUGAGCAUGAUCGACUUGGCCGUGAAGCCAGCCUCGCCGAGGUUUUUUCUCAGUGCAUUCGUCUGCCCCUGUUGGACGAGGCCUUUCUCAGUCGGAUACCCGCCCCCUUCGCCUGUGCCCUGUCCCUUUCCAAAGACCCCGCUGAGGCCAAAGCUCGCCUCACCGGCACAAACGGCUGUCCACAGCGCCUGGGCAUGACCGCUUCUGAGAUGGUGAUCUGCUUUGACGCUGCUCAUAAACACUCAGGUAAGAAGCAGACGGUGCCUUGCCUGGACACGGCCACAGGACGAGUAUUCAAGCUCUGCAAGCCACCUAAUGACCUCCGAGAGGUCGGCAUCCUGGUGUCGUCUGAGAACGACAUCUACAUCGCCGGCGGCUACCGACCAAGCAACAGUGAGGUGUGCAUUGACCAUCGAGCAGAGAGUGACUUCUGGCAGUAUGAGCAUGCCGGCAACCGAUGGCUUCCUCGUGCACCUCUGCUGAGAGCAAGAAUAGGAUGCAGACUUGUGCACUGUUGUGGGAAGCUUUAUGCACUAGGAGGUCGAGUUUAUGAAGGGGACGGACGAAACGCUUUAAAAUCAGUAGAGUGUUAUGAUGCCAGGGACAACUGUUGGACAGCAGUCAGUCCUAUGCCAGUGGCCAUGGAGUUCCAUAGUGCUUUGGAGUAUAAAGACCGCAUCUAUGUUCUCCAGGGUGAAUAUUUUUUCUGCUAUGAUCCCCGCAAAGACUAUUGGAGUCAUCUAGCCCCGAUGAGCGUCCCUCGGAGUCAAGGUCUGGCUGCCUUGUAUAAAAACUGCCUCUACUACAUUGCUGGCAUCUGCAGGAACCACCAGCGCACCUUUACCGUGGAGGUCUACGACAUUGAGAGGAACACGUGGAGCCGGAAGAGAGAUCUGCCCUUCGAUCAAGCCACGAGCCCAUACAUCAAGGCCAUGCUGCUGCAGGGCAAGCUGCACCUGUUCGUCCGUGCCACGCAGGUAAUGGUGGAGGAGCACGUGUUUCGCACCAGCCGGAAGAACUCCCUUUACCAGUACGAUGACGAGGUGGACGUGUGGACCAAAGUCUACGAGACGCCCGAUCGUCUCUGGGAUUUGGGUCGCCAUUUUGAAUGUGUGGUGGCCAAACUUUACCCACAGUGUCUACAGAAAGUGCUUUGAGCAAAGGGAUUUUGUGAACUCAAUCUGUUCGGUGGAAGAGGAGCCGCUGGUUCUGCCCACCUCGUGCCUGGUGUUACCUUGAGUUUGCGUAAUACUGACCAUUUUUCGUUGAGUCUUAAGUUGUUUCAACUUUGGUUUAAAAAAAAUGAUUGAAAUGGGGGUGCUUUGAAAGGUUGCAGUAUUUUUAUUUUAUUUUUUUCUAGACGGCACCAACUAUCCACACUGAAGCGUGUUUAACAGAACCGUACAACAAAUCAUAAGUGCAAUUAUCCUGUUUUUGCUUGUUGUUGAGCCAUGUUGUUCAGUUUUAUGUUUGAAAUGCAUAAAAUAGAACAGAUUUUUUUAUGUUCUUUUAUUUUUUUUUCCCAUCGAUGUCAGGCAGAGGGUGAAGGCAAGUUAAAAACACCCUCUAGAGAUAUGGAUACUAUGUGUCAUCGAUAAGUGAAAUUCUCUCUAUAUAAAUAACUAUAUAAACUAUAUAUUCAUACGGGUAAGAUGAGUACCAUAACUCAUUAGUAGAUUGCUAGCUCUAAGGUUUGUUCUUUUUAUUUUUUUAUUUUGUGUUCAUGCCUCCCUUCAGCAUAUUUUAUAGACAAUUUUUAAUAUGAAAGUGUGCUUUUUGUAUUUACAUUAUCUUAGUGCAUGUAUGUUUAUGGCCCCAUCUUCCUUCACAAGCGUCAGUGUGUAAAACUGCACACAAGAUGUGGUAUGAAGGCAAACUAAGGUUUGUUUUGUGAUUCCAGAUCAGUGGGGCUCACACCUCCCCCACCUUCCUUGAGUUGGCAUUCAUUUUUGUGUCAUAUGCAAAGAUAAUUUAAGUGUAAUCUUAGAAAUAUUCACUCUCCACAUUGGAGAAAAAAAAAGGACGGAGUCAAACUAGUGCUAACACUAAGUGGCAAGUUCAGACCAACUAACAGGUUUACCUCAGAAACUUCACAUAUAUUAUUGGAGUAAAGGGACGUUUAAGGCCAUGGUAUUGAUAAGGCAACUGUAUAGAAACCUCAGUUCAUUAUUGAGAUUGGUUUUUGGCAUCGGACUAUGAUAAUUUGAGAAAACGUUUGAUAAAAUGCCAAAAAAAAGCUUUUUGAGGUCUUGUUAUAGUUGUUGUGGACUUUGAAACUAAUGUUGUGGUAGCAAUAAAUCAAGGAACUGUGAUUAGGCUAUAAUAGUAAAAGUGCAUUAAUGUUGUUUGCUUGUCUCUGCUUAGUGGGGGAAAAUGGUAGUGCCAGCAAUGAUUGUUUGGUUGUUGCAUGGGUGCAGGCUUGGAUUGAUGUGUAAUUCAGUGUAGAUUUUGUGUGAUGCCAAUGUGCCUGUGGCUAAAAAAAAAAACAACGGGAGGGGAGGGGUACAUCAUAAUCAUAAACUGCAUCUCCUGAUGAUAAACAUCUGAAAUGUCAGCUCUGCACUGCACUGAAUCUUUAUCCACUUCAGCAGUUCUUAACUUAAGUUUUACCAAGCACCCUCUCCAGCAAGACCCACAAGAGGGUCGAGGUUUUGUGGCGUUUCCAUCCAACAGCCGUACAUUUCUUUUCACACCAUCUACAUGGACACAAAACUUUUGGUGCUGCUUUAUUUUUUUUUAAUUUGUUUUUUUUUUCUUCGACAAUCUUGUGUAAAAGACAUUUUUGUGAUAUACAUUGCGAUAUUUUUCAGUGCAUUGUUCCCUCAUGCAGGUUCCUGUGUCACCUUUGCACUGCACGUUCCCAUUGUAUCUCCACAGAGUGCCCCUCUUUUUCAUGGAAAAAAAAUGGUUUCAGUAAACGUAUAGCAUCAAAAAGGUUUACAUGGAAAUAAAUACCUGAAGAGUCACUUCCAGYAAGGACUUGAGGAUAUAAUUUACUUCUCCAAGAGAAGAUCAACUGUUGAAAGACUUAAAGCUGAUUUUAAUCAACACGGCUUGAACAGUACCCUCUCCCCAAACUAUGCUCGUCUCGAGUGUCUGCUUCAUCAACAUGGCUACAGACCAGGAACGAAGAACUCUCAGGAUUUCUAUUGAUACAGUACUGUAUUUAAAUUUUUGUUGUGUAAUACUGUACUAUAGGUUUUGCUGUACUUGCACAGUUUUCUAAACUUAUAUUCAGUUUCUUUUAUAACUUGAAAAAACAAUAGAUGUGAUUCCCCUUUGUUGUCUCAGUGGCUUUUUUUUUCCUUUUUCUUUUUGUGAUUAUUUAGUUUUUUGAUAGAGUAACUAACUCUAAUGAGUGGGGGAAUAAGAUUACCUGCACGAGUGAUAAUUUAGAUUUUUUUYCCCUCUUUCUGUAGUACAUUAGUUUUUCUAACAUCUCACUGAAACUAAUUCCAGCAAACAUGCUUUUAACACCAGUCAUGUCACGCAUCAAGCUGAAACAAAYGGCCCUGUUCUGGUUCUAUGUUUUUAUGCAUUGCUCAUGGGUGCUAUUCCAUCGCAUCAGUUUCUUUCUUCAGUUUUUAUUUUAGUGGUUUUGUCUGUUUUGGGUUUCAGGUUAUAAGUGGUUGAGCUCAACUGUGAACUUCACAUUGCACAUAACUGAAAAUAAAUACAAAAAAAAAAA